AGUUCAAACCCAAAACCAUUUUCAUCCAAAACACUACCACCAAGUAUAACACAACUGCUUCUCUUGAUUUCAUUGGUAAAAUGCAAUUCCACUUAACUGAAAUGAGACAAGGGGAGAAUGAGAAGGCUCUCCAGGGCCUUACAUCGACCAUCAGAACCCACAUCAGUGAAGGUGUCAACAAAACCGAUUCCUUAUUCUCUUCAGCUUGCAUUUACAGGGUGCCCAAAGAGCUUCGUAAGCUGAAGCAAAAUGCCUACACCCCUCGCCUCAUCGCUAUUGGCCCUCUUCACCAAAAAGACAAACAUCUCAAAACACCUUUCCAAGGGGUUAAAAAGAGCUACACGUAUAACCUACUUUCUCGACUGACUGCAGUAAAGAUGGAGGGAUCAGAAAAGAAGUAUGAGUACUCCACGGUGUUACAGGAAUGCGUGAAGGAAAUGAAGGACUGCAUAGACAAGGCCAAGAAAUGCUACGCGGAAGAAUUAGAUGUGAGCGACGACCAUAUGUUGGAAAUGAUGUUGGUCGAUGGUUGCUUCAUCCUUGAACUUCUCUACAGAUCCUUCGACGAAUCAAAACCCAAAGAAGCAAAGAACAUACCCAAAGAAGAAGGACAAGAAGGAAAGCGUAAUGGAGCAUCUACAUCAUCAGAUCUUUCGACACCCCUUUUACAGGUACCUUCAACAAGACUUUUGUCUUCUUCUUUUUCUGUUAAUUUUUUGGGCAAAGUAUGGAUUACUAAGAUUUGGCCAUUUGACAGAACCAAGAGGGAUGUGCUUCAAUGGAAUUGGACUACCGAUAAUCGCUUUUCUUCCAAGUCAGUUUACCACCAAUGGGAAGAGAUUGGUCAUUCUCGGAACCAACUUUUGGGCUCACUGUGGAAAAAUCUUUGCCCUCCUAAGGUGGAAAUUUUUUCGUGGCUGGCGAUUCAGGAUAGGGCCCCAACACGAUCAGAGCUCUUCAGUAGGAAUAUCAUUCAAGAGGGCCAAACAGUUUCCUGCCCUUUGUGUUCCUUGCAUCUCGAAACUCCUGAUUAUCUUUUCUUGCACUGUAUAUUCUCUUGGAAUAUUUGGUCUCUAAUUUUGGAUUGGUGGCAUGUUUCGUGGGUUUGUCCUAAUUCGUUGGCAAAUUUAGCUAUAUGGUGGUUUGACAGCGGGUUUAGGAAUCUGGAGAAAAAUAUAUGGGAAGUGUCUUUCUAUGCCACUUUGUGGUCUUUGUGGCUAGCCCGGAAUGACUUCGUCUUUAACAAUGCAAAUUUGAGUGUCGAGGCCUCCAAUAUUGUAUCGACCGGAAUGAAAGGAAUGACCAGAAUGCAUAGAAGAAUGCAUGGAACGGCCAUAAUGCGGAGCCCUCUGGUAGGAGAGAGUGAAAUCAAAACCAGCUGCGGGGAAAAAAAUAUUGACCCUAUUUGGCAUUGCAACUUGACUGCCACCACCGUCAAACACGACUUGGUACUCUUGGAGAACCAAAUUCCUUUUUUUGUGCUUGAGAAAUUGUUCCGACUCACUGUGGAUCGGAUCCAAAAUAGUCGUCCUCUCAAGUUUUCGCUCGACCAUUAUGUCGUUCACUACUUUGGCAGCAUGAUGAGUCAAGAAGAAGAUUCCACAAGCAGUGGUGGCACGACGGCACCAACUAGUCGUGGUUCGCCUGGUGACAGCACUGUCCUAAGGAUUUCUCUCGACGACCAAAUGAAAAGUUCCGAAGAAGACGGAGUUCAAACUAGUCAUGCGCAAAGGUACUACUAUCAUAUUCUCCAUAAACUACAUGAGUAUUACCUUCCACAAAAAGAACUCAAUAAACCGCAUGAGGAUUACCUUCCACAACAUCAAACAAAAGAGAAAAAACCUGGCGAGGAAGGACGUUUCGAAAUGAUCAUGCCUUGUGCAUCAGAGCUCGACUAUGCAGCAGUCAAGUUUGAACCCGUUAGAAAAGAUCUAUUCAAGGUCGAUUUCAUUGAUCCUAAAGGCCCAUUCUGGUGGUGUCACAUGGCCCGUUUCAAAAUCCCUAUGCUAGAGAUAUACGACGAAACGGAGCUAUUCCUCAGAAACCUCAUCGCCUUUGAACAGUGUUGCCCUGGGGUUUCGCUGCAGUACUUCACGUCCUAUGCAUACCUCAUGGACAUGUUAAUUAACUCUGAGAACGACGUCCAGGUGCUCGAACAGGCCGAAGUCAUUUUUAACUAUUUGGGCGCCAGAGCGGACGCCACCAAACUGUUCAACAACCUAUGCAAGGAAGUUGGUCUAGGGGAGUUCUUUUUCGCCGCCAUGUGCAACAAAGCCACGGCGUAUAGUAAGGGUCGUUGGCCGAAGAACUUGGCAUACAUUCGAAGAACUUUCUUUGCUUCUCCAUGGACUUUCAUAGCUUUCGUUGUGGCCUUCAUCGCUUUUGGCAUACAGAUUGUUACGUUUGUCCAGAGCACGUUAAUUAUGUUAAAAGUAAGUAAUGCCUUGUUUAAUUUUGUUUUCUGGGCUAGCUUUAGUGGCCAUAAUUUUUCUUGGCAAAGGCCAAAACCUUUUUCACCCAAUACACUAUCAACAAGUAUAACACAACUGCUUCUUGAUUUCAUUGAUAAAAUGCAAUUCCACUUAGCUGAAAUGAGUCAAGGGGAGAAUGAUUAUGAGAAGGCUCUUCAGAGCCUUACAUCGACCAUCGGAAACAAUAUCUGUGAAGGUGCCAAGAAAGCCGAAUUCUUACUCUCUUCGGCUUGCAUUUUCAGGGUGCCCGAUGAGCUUCUUAAGCUAAAGGAAAGUGCCUACAUCCCUCGACUCAUCGCUAUUGGCCCUCUCCACCAAAAUGACAAACACCUCCAAACACCUGCGCGAGACAUCAAAAAGAGCCUCACAAAUUCCCUACUUUGUCGACUGACUACAGGAAUGCCGGAUGAAUCAGAAGAUGAGUCGUAUAAGUCCACGGUGUUACAAGAAUGUGUGAAGGAAAUGAGGGACUGCGUAGACAAGGCCAGGAAAUGCUACGCAGUAGAAUUAGAUCUGAGUGACGACCAUAUGUUGGAAAUGAUGCUGGUCGAUGGUUGCUUCAUCCUUGAACUUCUCUACGGAUCCUUCGACGAAUCAAAAUACAUACCCAAAGAAGCAAAGAACAUACCCAAAGAAGAAGGACAAGAAGGAAAGCGUAAUGGAGCAUCUACAUCAUCAGAUCUUUCGACACCCCUUUUACAGGCCUCGGGAAUGACCAGAAUGCAGAGCCCUCUGGCAUUGCAACUUGAGACAGAAGUACUGCGACUUGAGAGUGAAAUCAAAAUCAGCAGCGGGCAAAAAAAUACCGACCCUAUUUGGGCUGCCAACACCGUCCAACAUGACUUGCUACUCCUGGAGAAUCAGAUCCCUUUCUUUGUGCUCGAAAAAUUGUUCCGACUCACUGUCGAUCGGAUCCAGAAUAAUCGUACCCGUAAGUUUUCCCUCAACGACUACGUCUUUCACUACUUUGGCAACAUAGUGAGUCCAGAAGAAAAUUCCACAAGCAGUGGUGGCACGACGGCUCCAGCUAGUCGUGGUUCGCCUGGUGACAGCACCGUCCUUCGGAUUUCUCUCGACGACCAAAUGAAAAGUUCCGAAGAAGAUGGAGUUCUAACUAGUAACGCGCAAAGGUACUAUCAUAUUCUCCAUAAACUACACGAGUAUUGCGUUCCACAAACAGAACAAACAAGAGAGAAAGGACACAUCGAAAUCAUGCCUUGUGCAUCAGAGCUCGACUAUGCAUCAGUCAAGUUCGAACCCGUUCCAGGAAAAGAUCUAUUCAAGGCCGAGUUCAGCGAACCCAAAGGCCCGUUCCGAUGGUGUCAGACGGCACGUUUCAAAAUCCCUGUGCUAGAGAUAUACGACAACACGGAGCUAUUCCUCAGAAACCUCAUCGCCUUCGAACAGUGCUGCCCUAAGGUUUCGCAGCACUUCACGUCCUACGCGGUCCUCAUGGACAUGCUCGUGAACUCCGGGAGAGACAUCCAGUUGCUCGAAAGGGCCGGGGUCAUGCGUAACCAUUUGGGUUCUAGAGCGGACGCCACCAACCUAUUCAACAACCUGUGCAAGGGAGUUGCUCUAGAGGAGUUCUUCUUCGCCGACAUGUGCAGCAAAGCCACGGCGCAUAGUAAGCGUCGUUGGCCGAAGAAUUUGGCACACAUUCGAAGAACAUACUUGUCUUCUCCAUGGAGUUUCAUAGCUUUCUGCGUGGCCUUCAUCGCUUUUGGCAUACAGAUUGUUACGUUUAUCCAGAGUUUCCUUUAAUUAACGAGGAUAAUUAUCAUGAAUAUCAGCAAAUGCACUUAAUCCACAUUGAUGUUUUAAUUUGUGUAUUAAUUUGUUGACACAUCGGUGAUAGGCACCUUAAUUAUGUUAAAAGUAAGUAAUGCCUUGUUUAUUUUUGUUUCCA